UCUUAUACGUUAAAUUUAUAAAUAUUUUUAUUCCAAAAAAUUACAGCUUAUUUGGGACAUGAAAAGCGCCAAUGGUUUUGAAAUAUGGAAAAGAAAUUCUUCGACGCCAUUUUGAAUGUAAACGCACGUUUUGUUGGAGAAUAAAAUUUUGGAUAAAAUAAAGACGUGUGCGAUUGGACGCUGACUUCGGUAAAUCUCGGUUACGUUCGGCUCACAUGCAAAAAGUGCAAAGAACUGAAAGAGAGUGCAGCCAACUGAUCAUUAAAAGAAAACUAUCCGCUUGGUUGAUAGGUUAGGUGAGCGAACUGUAAACAUCAAAUAAGUUAUUUUUCUUUUCAAAAACAAAUGAUUUAUGCAAGCUAAAUAUUAAGAAAAUGAAAUAUUAUAAGCAACGUCUAACACCAAAACAUCAAGACUCUCAGCAUUUAUUAUUCUCAGUGUUUACGGCAAAUGAUAUAAGGAACUUGAGUGUGACAAAGAUCAGAACACCUCUAUCUUUUAACAUCCUUGGACAUCCACUGAAAGGUGGAUUGUAUGAUCCAGCUUUAGGUACAAUAAGAAAUUAUUCAGAGUUAUGUAGCACAUGCGGACACAAUCUCGCAAAGUGUCCAGGCCACUUUGGACACAUAGAAUUGCCAGUCUCCGUAGUCAAUCCAUUAUUCCACAAAGGAUUAUCCACCUUGCUCAAACUAUCAUGCUUAAAUUGUUUCACCUUACAAAUACCAACAUACGUCAAGAUGCUAUUGUCUGCAAAGUUAAAAUUGCUCUAUCAGGGGCAACUCGGUGAUCUCGAAGCCUUAGAUCAAGAGGUGAUGCACAUAAAGUCAACGAGUGUCCAGAAGGAAAACGAACAAACGGAGUACAUUCGUGAAGUGAUCGACGCCUACAUGCAAAACUUCUCCAACAGAAGCAGAUUUAACCACCCCACGUCCGAAAAUCACGAACAGACUGGCAACAACAUAAAGACCGUGAAUACACAGUGGCAUAUCUAUGUCGACACUAUACUAAAACAAUACGUCAGAAACAAGAGUGGGAUUUGCACGAACUGUGACAAAAUUCUGCCGAAGAUCACGACGCUGCAGAACAAGAUAAUGAUCAACAACAAGGGCGCGUCCAAGGAAAUGGUGUCGCGCGAGGUCAUCCACAAACUGGACACGGUGAUGAUUAUGCCGGAUCGGUCUAAGGAGUACAUGCGCCAACUGUGGAACAACGAGAAGGACUUUCUUCGGUUGAUCAUACCCUGUCUGGAGUCCGUGGACAUCGAGUACCCGACCGACGUCUUCUUCUUUGAGGUGAUACCCGUCCUACCGCCGAUUGUGCGGCCGGUGAACUUCGUCAACGGCCAGAUGAUAGAGCAUCCGCAGACUUACAUCUACAAGAGCAUCAUCCAGGACUGUCUGGUUCUGAGGAACAUCAUACAGACGAUCCAGGACGGCGGGACCGAUCAGCUACCGCAGGAGGGUCGACUCGUCUUCGAGCAGAUAAGAGGUCAGACGGCUGUGGAGAAGCUGCACAACGCCUGGCAGUCCCUGCAGAGCAACGUCGACCACCUGAUGGACCGCGACAUCAACCGGACCCCGGAGUCCAUCAAUGGUCUGGGCUUGAAGCAGAUUCUGGAGAAGAAGGAAGGUAUCAUCAGGAUGCACAUGAUGGGUAAAAGAGUGAACUUCGCCGCGCGCUCGGUUAUUACUCCGGAUCCAGACCUCAGCAUCGACGAGAUUGGCAUCCCCGAGGCCUUUGCUCGAAAACUGACGUACCCCACGACCGUGACGCCCUGGAACGUCGUUGAGCUGCGACGAUUGGUCCUGAACGGACCCAACGUUCACCCCGGCGCGGUCUUGAUCGAGAACGAGGAUGGUUCGGUGCAGGCCAUUAAAAGCAAUGACGCUAUGCAGCGGGAGGCGAUCGCGAAGCGUCUGCUGACGACCAGCAGAACCGACGAAGCCUUUGUCGGCGUGAAAACGGUGCACCGACACCUUCAAAACGGCGACGUGCUGCUGCUGAAUAGACAGCCGACUCUGCACAGACCCAGCAUAAUGGCCCACAAGGCGCGGGUGCUCAAGGGAGAGAAGACUCUGCACCUACAUUACGCGAAUUGUAAGGCCUACAAUGCGGACUUCGACGGCGACGAGAUGAACGCUCACUUUCCGCAGAACGAGCUGGCCAGGAGCGAGAGCUACACCAUCGCCAACGUGUGCAACCAGUACCUGGUGCCGAAGGACGGGACCCCGUUGAGCGGUCUCAUACAGGAUUACAUGGUGUCCGGGGUGCAGCUGACCACCAGGGGUCAGUUCUUCUCGCGUACGCGUUACACACAAUUAAUUUACGCGGCACUUUCGACGGUCCAGGGAGACAUAACUCUCCUGGCACCGAGUAUCGUCAAGCCGAGACCUUUGUGGUCGGGCAAACAGGUCCUUUCCACCGUCAUCAUCAAUAUUAUUCCCUUGGGCAAAGCACGGAUCAAUCUGGUCUCCAAUACCAAGAUAAACGCGAAGGAAUGGCAGAUGGAAGCGUCGCGAACGUGGAAGUCCGGGGUAGAGUUCAAGGAUCCUAUAACAAUGUCGGAAGCCGAGGUUGUGAUUCGUCACGGGGAAUUAUUAUGUGGAGUGCUGGACAAGACCCAUUAUGGAGCGACCUCCUACGGUCUCAUUCACUGCAUUUACGAGUUAUACGGCGAGGAGUGCGCGAGCAAGACGCUGAGCGCCUUCGCCAGGUUGUUCCAAACCUAUCUGCGGUACAGCGGAUUUACCCUGGGCGUCGAGGACAUCCUGAUAACACGGAAAAUCGACAAGAGGCGUAAAGAAAUCAUUUCCAAUUGCCGGAAGAUCGGGGAGAAUAUACAGAGGUCCGUCGCGAAGCUAGCUGAUGAUUCCUCCACGGAUGAACUUAAGGAAAAGAUUGAAGAUUCUUAUUGGGACAAUCCGAAAUUUCGCGCGCAAAUUGAUCACAAGUACAAGAGCGCAUUAGACGUUUACACCAACGAUAUUAAUAAGACCUGUCUGCAGCUGGGGCUCUUUAAGAAGUUCCCCAGCAACAACUUGCAGCUCAUGGUGCAGUCCGGGGCGAAGGGAUCCAUGGUUAACACCAUGCAGAUAUCGUGCUUGCUCGGUCAGAGCGAGCUGGAAGGCAAGAGGCCGCCGCUGAUGAUCAGCGGGAAGAGUCUAUCGAGCUUCUUAGCGUACGACCCGACGCCCAGAGCCGGCGGCUUCAUCGACAACAGAUUCAUGACCGGGAUCAAGUCCCAGGAGUGCUUCUUCCAUUGCAUGGCGGGUCGGGAGGGUCUGGUAGAUACCGCCGUGAAAACCAGCAGAUCCGGAUAUCUGCAGAGGUGUCUGGUGAAGCAUCUCGAGGGUUUGGUAGUGGGUUACGACGCGACCGUCAGGGACUACGACGGCAGUCUGAUUCAGUUUUAUUACGGAGAGGACGGCCUCGACAUCCCGGGGUCGCGAUUCCUGCGAAAGGAACAAAUACCAUUUCUGGUAGACAAUAAAGACGCCAUCGUGGACGCGGAAUUAUUAGAACGUCUAAAGACGAAUGAUAAGGAGAUCGCGAAGAUGACGAAGAAGAUCAAGAAGUGGGAGAGCAAAAAUGGUCCCGCCUUGCAAAAGAGAAGAGUCAGCGAGUUCGGUAGGUUCUCUAGUGAGAACCAAAAUCCCAAUUCUUUGAAGAGGAGAUGCAUCGACGGUCACAGCGGAAGAAGCAAGGCCGCAUUGUCCUUGAUUCGAAAGUGGAUGAAAGCCAAGGAUGAGGUAAAGGACACCUUUCGCGCCUUGUGCGCCACGUGUCCGGAUCCGGUGACGUCCAAGUACAGGCAGGACAUCGAAUUCGGGGUAUUGCCGGAGCGAAUAGAGGGUUUGAUGGACGAGUACCUUUCUGCCCCUUCGCCAAGGAUCAAGAAAUCCACUCUAAGAGACUUGUUAUCCGUCAAACUCAUGAGAACCAUUUGUCCGCCCGGCGAACCGGUCGGCUUAUUAGCUGCCCAAUCCAUAGGCGAGCCAUCCACCCAGAUGACUUUGAACACCUUUCACUUCGCCGGACGUGGCGACAUGAACGUGACUUUGGGUAUCCCCAGGUUGCGUGAAAUUUUAAUGAUGGCGUCGAAGAAUAUUAAAACCCCGAGUAUGGAGAUACCCUUCCUGAAGGAUCUACCAAAUUUGGAGAAACAGGCGAGGAAACUGAGAUUGAAGUUAAACAAGUGCGUCCUUCGCGACGUGUUGAAGGACGUCACGAUCAGCAGGAGGAUGGAAGAGGGCUCGCAUCGAAGAUUAUUGCAUACAGUAACGAUUGAGUUUAUUCCUUACAAAUCCUAUAAGGGAGAAUUCUCCGUCCGUCCGGAGGACGCGAUCAGGUGUACCGAGAAGGUGUUCUUCAGCAAUAUGUUUAAGGAGAUUCAGAAGCUCGCCAAGGCGAGCAAAGUUCUGUUGCACUUCGAGGCUGAGAAGAAACGAACGAGCGACGAGGACGCGAUGAUAGAUCAGAUUGACCCGGACGAUACGAUGCUGGAAAAUACCGGGGAAAAAACGCGGAUGGAUUUAGGGGAGAUGCACGAGUCCUCCGACGAGGAAGAGAUCGCGGAGGACGCUGACGCGACGAUGAGCAGGUCGUUGUCGCGUCAUCAGGAGAAUCAAGAAUACGAAGAGUCCGAAGGAGAAGAAGAUGAAGAGAUGGAUGACCCUGCUUAUGAUAAGGAGGAAAAUAAUGUGGAUAAUAAUAAUAUGAGUAAAAUUCUCACGGAGAAUAAGGAGAAUAAUGAAGAGGAUAAUCAUACUAAAGAAAGAUUGAAUAACAAAAAAGAUGACAAGCUUUCCGACAAAAGACAAACUGUCAUAAGUACAUACGAGCAUGCUGUCGAUUAUGAUUACGACAGAAAUAAAUUAUCGUGGUGUAAAUUCACAUUUUGGUUACCACUCAAAAUGAUCAAAUUAGAUUUACCAACAAUAAUUAGAAAUGCAGCAGACAAAACUGUUUUAUGGGAAACGCCGUGCAUCAAGAAAGCUUUUACUUUUCAAAAUAAAGGCGAAACAAUUCUUAAAACAGAUGGUUUAAAUAUAGUGGAAAUGUUUAAAUACGAUAAUAUACUUAAUUUAAAUAAACUGUAUUCCAAUGACAUCUACAAUAUUUCUCAAACAUAUGGAAUCGAAGCUGCGAAUAAAGUUAUUGUGAGAGAAGUCAGGGACGUCUUCAAGAUGUACGGUAUUACUGUGGACUUCAGGCAUCUAUCUUUGAUCGCCGAUUAUAUGACAUUCGACGGCACGUUUCAACCACUUAGUCGGAAAGGAAUGGAAAAUUCCGCCUCACCAUUGACGCAAAUUAGUUUUGAAAGUUCGCUAGCUUUUUUGAAAAGUGCGACAUUGCAGGGAAAAAAGGACGAUAUAUUAUCACCCUCGAGUAGACUGAUGUUAGGACAACCGUGCAAGUCUGGUACUGGAGCAUUCUCUGUAUUGCCAUCAUUAUACACAUAAAAAAUACACACAAUAUAUCAUUCUCUAUAUGAAUGCAUAAUUAUAUUUUAUAUAUUUGUAAAUUGAUUACAUUUAUUUUUGCA